AUGGGCAUCGACCACAAGGGCCAGGUGUGUGUGAUGAUCCACAGUGGCAGCAGGGGGGCUGGGCCACCAGAUGCCCUGGUUGCCAUGGAGAAGGCGAUGAAGCGAGACAAGAUCCAGGUGAACGAUCGUCAGCUGGCGUGCGCCCGUAUCUUUUCAGAGGAGGGACAAGACUACCUGAAAGGAAUGGCCGCCGCCGGCAACUAUGCCUGGGUCAACCGUUCCUCUAUGACCUUCCUCACACGACAGGCGUUUGCCAAGGUGUUCACCACCACUCCUGAUGACCUGGACAUGCAUGUGAUCUAUGACGUGUCUCAUAACAUCGCCAAGGUGGAGGAACACAUGGUAGAUGGGAAACAGAAGACUCUGCUGCUGCAUCGCAAGGGAUCCACCCGGGCCUUCCCUCCACACCACCUCAUCCCUGUAGACUACCAGCUGACAGGCCAGCCGGUGUUGAUCGGGGGCACGAUGGGCACCUGCAGUUACGUCCUGACGGGCACGGAACAGGGCAUGACGGAGACCUUCGGCACCACCUGCCACGGCGCGGGUCGGGCUCUGUCUCGGGCCAAAUCCCGCAGGAACAUCGACUUCCAGGACGUGUUGGACAAGCUGGCAGACAAGGGUAUCGCCAUCAGGGUGGCUUCGCCCAAACUAGUCAUGGAAGAGGCUCCGGAGUCGUACAAAAACGUGUGUGAUGUCGUCAACACGUGUCACGAUGCUGGAAUCAGCAAGAAAGCCAUCAAACUACGACCCAUCGCCGUGAUCAAGGGAUAAGGCUGCACCACUCUGCUAGUGACGGCAUUGGCCAUGGCACUCCCUCCAGGAGCCAAUCACCAGGCAGAGAGCUGAGCUGGCGGAGGAGCCAAUGGGGAAGUGUCUGACUGCGAGUGAGCAUGUCUGUCUUCAUAGACUGACU